UGGAAGGUUGCAAAAUUGGUGGUCAAACGCCUCCUGGACGCAAUUUCAGAAAGACGCUUCGUGCGUAACUGACUACUAUUCCACUUACACAAUGUCCGGAAUGCAGGUGGAUGGAAAGUUAACCCUGACAGAAAAUUUAGCAGAUAUUGGAGGUUUGAAAUUAGUGAAGGAGGGUUACGACGUAUGGGUCGCAGACCACGGUAAAGAGGGAAAGCUCCCCGGAAUAAAUAGAUCGUUGGAGGAACUUAUUUUUGUUGCAGCAGCACAAAAGCACUGUGGACACGUUAGCCUUGAGAUGUUGAAAAGACAGAUACUUACGGACCCACACUCUCCAGACCACGUGAGAAUUAAUGGCGCCAUGUCCCAGCUACAGGUGUUUGCAGAGACAUUCAGGUGUCCCCCAGGAUCCAACAUGAACCCCCCUGAUAAGUGUCAUGUCUGGUGAAAACAAACAACCCUGGGGAGAUCUCUAAGCUAAAAUAGUUGACGUCUUAUAUUUAUGGAAGAUACAAUCAUUGCAAAGAGGACUUCUGUUAAAAUUUAAUUUGAAAGAAUAAUUAAAUGUACAUAGAUUUCAAGACACCUUAUACAAGAACCUACUUUUUCCAAGGAAAAACCCAGCAUUUAAUUUGAAUGCAUUGUUGAUAAAGCGGUGCAUGAAUAUUUAAGUAGAUCAUGUAAACACGUGUUCAUACGCGUCACGUGAAGUGGGGGAUUGCUCUAUGAAAUUUCACAGCAACAUAUACCAGGAACAGGGUCUUCGCUUAAUGACUUAAAAACGAUCGUAUAGAUAUGUGGAUAAAAGCAAAAUGAUUCUACGUGUAUAAAGUUAAAUACAUGUACAAAGAUAGUGACAACGUGACACUGGGCAAAAUUCAAUUUGCCAUCAAUUUGGCUCUGUCUUUUACCCUGUUACUAUUAUUCAACUUUAUACUUUCCUUUUUUAUAGUUAAAUUUCAUAUGAACAAAAAUACAUAUAAUCAUCUCAUUUAUUUCAGAUUUUGUAAAGAACUGGUUUGCAGCAAUGUCAAUGUUCGAACCGAUGAAAUAACAUAAUUAAUUUGAUAAUUGAGAGAUUCGUGACUUGUUUGUGCAUCUGAAAAAAGUAUGAAGGAUCAGAUUUAUUUUUUAUCUUUUUAUGGGUUCAUAAUAACGCCGUAUAUUUGCAUUUCAAAAUGAAUAAAAAUAAUACAGAUCAACUUUUAUGCUUUCACAUGUAUUGAUAAUGGAAACCAUCAGAGAUAUCCACGCGUUAAAUGUGGGGGGAUUUGGAAAGUGCUCACCCACGGGAAUUUUUACGUUAUUUUCUAUUCAAUUCUGUAUCGUUUUUGUCUUUUGUACAACAGUAAUUAAGU